AUGGAGGGACAGGAUCAGGGGCAGACACGACAUGAUCCUGGACCAGCUGACCCUUCAGUGCUGACACUUCAGGAUACCCAUCGGAGCCGUGACAUAUGGGAGCAGAUAGAAACUCACUCCUUCCAUCUACCAGUUGGGGAGGCCACCGUCACGCUCCGAGAUGUGGCGAUACUUACACGGUUCCUAGUGCAUGGUAGGGCAGUUACAAGACCGAUUAUACAGGACCCUCGUGGCCUUGUUGAGAGGGUGUUAGGGGUGAGGCCUGAGGCGACCGAUGUUAGAGGCACAGGGUUAAGACACAUAUGGUUACGAGAGACAUUUGGGGUGUUGCCUCCUGAUGCUGAUGAUGGGGUCGUCCAAAGAUACGCUCGAGCGUACCUGUUCAUGUUGAUAGGAUCAUUAUUCAGUAACAAGAGUGGUAGUCACAUACAGUUGAUCUACCUACAACUAGCAUCCCAGCGUAGUAGAUGGGAGAUCAGCGGUCCCUUGAUUGUGCUUCAGGUAGUCUUGUGGCUAGGGCGGAGACUUACUCGUGUGCAUGCAGCAAGGGGUCUGCCGUAUUAUAGAGAUGCAUUCGACAGACUGAGCGAGUCUCAGAUGACGUGGGAUCCGUACGUCCCUCACUUAGUCGAUGACAUGCCCCAAUAUCUUCUUGAUCACCAGAUGGAGUGGCGUGCCAUGACAGUGCUUAUCUGUUUUGAGUUGGUGGAGGCUCACCUCCCCGACAGAGUCAUGCGACAGUUCGGCCUUUGUCAAGCCAUCCCCGCCCCGUGUGACACGAGUGUCCAGUUGCACAGGACAGACCGACGAGGAAAGGGGAAGGUUAACUGGGCAGUUCAGCAUGCCCCUUACAUUGACAUGUGGGACCAGCGGCUGCAGCACGUCGCGGAUGGUGCGCCUGUCCAAGGCCUGAUGGAGUAUCACGAUCCAUACAUGGUAUGGUACAGGAGCAUUACCCGACGCUUCAUCAACCCUAACUACACCCCACCCUUAACGCAUUACCACCCAGCUUUUGGAGACAUCAGUGGAUAUGCGUCUGAUAUGCUUGCUAUACAUGAUGCACUAGAAGUCUUGAGCAUAUCAUAUCCCACCAUACCGCAGUUGGAUGACAUUCACGCAAUGACUGUGAGUAGCUUACAGAGACAUGGUCAUGGCCAUCUUAUCCCCCAGGGCCGGGACCAAUCACACCGCCGUUCACACCGUGAGGUAGGCAGCAGUAGUAGGGGACAGACUCACACGUCCCCUACAGGGUCCCCCCUGUUUUUUGAUGAUCAGGAAGAUAUCGCCAUCCACAUGUUUGCGCCAUACUCAUCUCAGGAAGGACCAUCUUCCAGCCAACAGACUCCUCCCCAGACCUCUGCCCCAGAUCCUUUCACAACGGUAUCUCAGUACUACCGUCGUAGAAGACCGCGAUUGGAUAGACAACACUUACAUACAAUAGAUGAAUCGAGAUCUUAG